AUGAACUCGUUAUAUAACCAUGGAGUUAAACAGACUCAAUUAAUUACUAAAGAUUUGUCAUCAUUUGAAAAAAAUGUUUCAACAUCUCCUUUAUCACUACAAGGAUCAAUCAGUACAUCAUUAAAUGCAUUUAAAAAGACUAUAAAAGAAUAUAAUGAUUUGAUAAAACAAAAUACUAAUGAUGCUAAUAUAACAAAGCAAGAAACUAGAUUAGAAAAAUUCAAUCAGGAUUAUGCUGAUUUUAAUAAAAAAUUUCAAGAAUUAAAACAACAAAGAGAAAGUUCAAUUCAAGAAUCUAAUAGACAAGAACUAUUAGGUAGAAGGAAUCAUUUAUCAGAAAAUCCAUAUGAUCAAACAUCAGGAGUAUCACCAAAUCAUCAACAUUAUCAACAACAAGACAUGUCAUAUCAAGAAGGUCUUUAUAAAGAAAGUAAUUCAUUAGCAAGAGGUAGUCAACAAUUGGAUCAUAUUUUAGAAAUGGGACAAAAUGCAUUUGAUGAUAUUAUUGAACAAAAUGAAACUUUACAAAAACUUGGAGCUGGAUUAGAACAAGGUUUAUUGACUUUAGGUGUAAGUCAAGGUACAAUAAGGACAAUUGAAAGAAGAGCCAAACAAGAUAAAUGGUUAUUUUGGGGUGGUGUAAUUUUAAUGAUAAUAUGCUUUUAUUACAUAUUGAAAUUCUUUAGAUAA